CGUAUCAAUACCUGUCAGAGGCUCCUGCAAGACAUAAGUGACACGAGGCUUUUGAAUGAAGGUGACCUGCAUGGAAUGACUCCUCUCCACCUGGCUGCAAAGAACGGGCAUGAUAAAGUUGUUCAGCUGCUUCUGAAAAAGGGUGCAUUAUUUCUCAGUGACCACAGUGGCUGGACUGCUUUGCAUCAUGCUUCCUUGGGCGGGUAUACUCAGACCAUGAAGGUCAUUCUCGACACUAACUUGAAAUGCACAGAUCGGCUAGAUGAAGAAGGGAACACCGCGCUUCACUUCGCGGCGAGGGAGGGCCAUGCCAAAGCCGUCUCCCUGCUCCUGAGCUACGAUGCCGAUGUGGUCCUGAACAAGCAGCAGGCCUCCUUCCUGCACGUUGCAAUUCACAAUAAGAGAAAGGAGGUGGUCCUCACGACCAUCAGGAACAAAAGAUGGGGAGAGUGUUUCAAGGUUUUUAAUCAUUGUUCUCCUACGAAUAGAUGUCCAGUCAUAGAACUGGUAGAAUACCUCCCUGAAUGCAUGAAAGUAAGUUCUAAAAACAAAAUUCCUCUGGGUAUAUGCUUGGCAUGUAAUAAAAUGUGAGGAUUUAUUGUUGUAAUCACAACCUAAACAUAGUAAUUUCCAUCUCUA